AUGGGAUUUCACCACAAAGUGGGCGGUACAACGCCCAUCCGCAUUAUGGACUCCGCAGAGCAGGCCGCUCUCUCCGAAUUGGAAUCACAGAACUCUCACAGUACUUCCGCGACGGUAAAUAAUCAACACUACGAUGCCCGUCGCAUCAACGAGUACAAUUCGGAUGGUAAAUUGGCGGAUGGUGCGCGGCAUAUGGACAUACGUUUUAUGCGUCGUUUCGAGCGAUUACCCGUCAACCUCAGUCUGAGUUCCAUUCUAGUGCCGAACUCUGUCUCGCUUGACGAGCCUGAUGUAAAGUCAGCACUUCAGUGGAGCGCACAUCUCGAUCCACUCUUUCAAAACAAUCUUGAACGCGAUCCAGCGCUCUCUUGGCAGUAUUUCGGCUCAUCAACUGGCUUCCUACGUCGUUUUCCUGGCACUGCAUGGCCACCCGAGGGUUCGAAGGGCAGCAAACAAAUACACGACUUUCGCGCACAAAACUGGUUCGUGCAAGCCGCAUCGUCACCAAAAGAUAUUAUGAUAUUAUUGGAUUCCUCGUCGAGCAUGUCGGACAAAUCUUUCGAACUCGCUAUGGCUACAGCUUUUAACAUACUUGACACGCUGGGCGAAAACGAUUUCGUCAACUUGAUUACAUUUGCGGAGGAUGUCAAAACGCCGGUACCGUGCUUUAAGGAUCGCAUGGUACGCGCCACCCCAGACAAUAUACAGGAAAUCAAAUCCGCAGUAAAAGCAAUUAAACUCGAAAAUACUGCCAAUUUCACAGCUGGUCUGGAGUAUGCGUUCAGCUUGCUUCACAAGUACAAUCAAUCCGGCGAAGGCAGUCAAUGUAAUCAAGCCAUUAUGCUCAUUACCGAGAGUACUUCGGAGACGCAUAGCGACAUAAUCAAGCAAUACAAUUGGCCUCACAUGCCCGUACGAAUAUUCACCUACCUUAUCGGUUCCGACUCGAGUAGUCGCAGCAAUUUGCAUGAAAUGGCCUGCUCCAAUAAAGGUUUCUUUGUACAAAUCAACGAUAUGGAUGAGGCACGCAAAAAGGUUAUCGACUAUGCGCUGGUUAUGGCACGUCCAAUGAUAAUGUAUCAGGCUGAUCAUCCAGUGCACUGGAGUCCAGUCUUUGUUGCCGGCAAGACUGGUGGUUUGGCGCGUGACUCUGACUACCAGCGCAGGCUGGUGACGACAGUUUCAACUCCGGUCUUCGAUAGACGAAACCAUUCGGUGCGUGUGGCAAAUUUACUCGGUGUUGUUGGCACCGAUGUGCCCAUCGAGGAGAUACGUAAGAUGAUACCGCAACAUAAAUUGGGACCGAAUGGAUAUUCGUUUAUCGUUGAUAAUAAUGGACGUGUACUGUAUCAUCCAGAUUUGCGUCCAUUGAGUGAUGGUAAUCAAUAUAUUGACCAAUUGCGGCCGCGGUACACGUCAGUCGACGUAACGGAGUUGGAACUGCCGGAAACCGAAGUGGGCAACGAGCAUGAAAUUGUCGAAAUGAAUAAGAAUCUCUUAUAUGACAUGCGCAACGAUAUGCUCAUGCCCAAGGAGGGUGAAACCGAAUUCACGGUAUUCAAUCACUUUGACGAAAUGAAAAGGGUAACUGCGCGUACACAAAGGUAUUUUUAUGGACCUAUCGAAGAUACGCCCUUUACCUUAGCUGUUGUACUCCCUGAAAAAUAUGGCAGCCACGAAUUGGUCUCCCAACAGGAAAUAAGGCACUCGCGCAGAAAUGUGACCGAGUACUUUAAGGGAGACAGUUGGCGCGUACAUCCCGAUUGGGUGUACUGUGAGUACAAUAGUGUUAGCGAUUUAGAGAAGGAGCGUGAAAGCUCUGGCGAAUAUCUCUCAGCCUCACGUGAACAAGAAUUAAGUUUUGGCUCACCGGAAGAGCAGGUCUUACAUUUCUUGGGACGUGCAGGACGGCCAGGCUGGAAGUGGAUGUCGGUGCGACCAAAACCACCACAACCACACCAUGCCAUGCACGGCGUGACACCUGUCGGCCACUUUGCUCAGCAUCUAAAUAACGUGCAAGGUUCUCGCAAAGCCGAACCCUAUUAUUGCGAUCGAACCUUGGUACAGAGUUUAGUGCGUGAUGCUAUGGUAACCGAUGGUCUGGAUCGUAAUUCAACUGGAACGUCCAAUGGAAAGGAGGAUAAACAUCCAAUAGCCACUUUAAUGGCAAUUUUAAAAAGACAAGGCUAUCAAAAGUUUUUGGUUGCAACAUCUUUUGUGGCCACACGUUCGGGUCUGCUACGUUGGAUUGAUCAUAUCAAAAGACCUGAAGACUCACCUGAUCCCCACUUUAGUGAAGAUAACGCACGUGCCAUGGAUAUGCCGUGGUACAAACGCGCCGUGGACCAGCAUACCGUCGAACAAGAUAGCUUUGUCUACAGUGUACCCUUUGCCAAUGGUUAUGCACCCAAACUAAAUACGACGCUUGUAACCGCAUCGCAUGCUAUAUUUGUCGAACAUCGUGGCCACAAAGCAAUAGCCGCRGUAGUGGGACUACAGUUCCAGUUGGACUCGUUGGCGAAACAUUUCAUAAACAUAACCUCAACCUGCACCGGCAUGACAGGCUGUCGCCGCACAUGCGCUUCCGACGAUCUUGAUUGCUAUGUUUUGGACAACAACGGCUUUGUCAUCAUUUCGGAACAGAGUGAACAAUCAGGCAAGUUUUUCGGUCAAAUCGAUGGUACCAUUAUGGAUUCCUUGGUACAGGAUCGCAUUUAUAAACGUGUCACGGUCAAUGACUACCAGGGCGUUUGCUCCGACUCUGACAAUCCGUAUACGGCUGCAAGCACUUCCCUACAGCCACAUCGUGUCUCCACUUUUCUAAUGAAAUAUUUGGUGUCGUUGAGUGCCACUUGGUUAUCGCUAUUGCCAGCACCUCUAAAUGCAUGGCCACAAGAUGAUUAUACCUAUAAUGAAGAUGUCUUUGAAGAACCCACAUAUACAGACGAAUACGAACCWUUCGAGGACUACAAUGCACAGAUCGAUGAAGAAAUGGAUGAAUUYUUCACAACCGCUGAUGUGGAAUACACAACACCAGCCCCUAAGCAACAUAAACCACACACCGGACCACGCGCCUCUCCAGACCCACAGCAUGCACGCCGCUGCGACCUGCGUACAGAUCUAUAUAUGCUGCAACCAGAACGUCUCAACCAAGGAGGACAAAACAAUCCGCUUAAGGGCAAGCUAACAAAUUGCCACGUAUCCGGUUGUGAACGCCCCUUCAGCGUACAAAAAAUACCACAUAGCAAUCUGAUACUAUUAGUGGUGGAUACACUAUGYCCUUGCGGCUCCAAACAGUUGGAUAUUGAACCACUUGAGGAGUCGGGUACUAUUGGCGCYUGCAGUGCUCGUCGCCAGUCGCRGGAGAGUGCAAAGCGUCGCCGACCCAAAAAAUGCAUCAACUAUCAUCCCGAGGAAAUAGAAAUACAGCAAUGUGGACGUGCCACAGCAUUGCUGCAAACGCCCGUCUCGAUCUUUGUAGCGCAUCUGCUCAUGUUGGUGGUGACAUUUACGCUGACAAAUGCGUGAUACUAAAUGCARUGCCACUAAACCACCAAACAUCACAAGCUACA